AUGUCGUCCUACCACUCCUCUGGCCCUAGAGGUUCCCAGGACCUUGGCCAGAAGCUUGGCCAGAACAUGGCCGAGAAGUAUCGCUGCAAGAUUGGCGGCGAGUGGAAGCCGAUGUCCGGCUUCUCCAAGAAGCAGCAAAAGCUUGUCCAGGACAAGCUUGAUCGCCACGCCAGAGUCAACCGUGCCAACACUGGCAUGGUCUGCAGAAUCCACUCGGGUGAACCCGUCAAUGAGAUUCCUUGCGAAGGCCCUUGUGAUGAGAUAAAGACCCUGGACCAGUUCUCCAAGAACAACAGAACUAAUGGCGUCAACAUCUGCAAGUCGUGCCAGCACUGGAUCAAUACCCAGGAGCCUGGCUACACUCCCUGGGCCGGUCCCAACACUCAGCAGGACCUCCUUGAGGACUCAGAUGAAUACGAUGCUCGUCUCCCCACCGAUCCUUCUGAGAUCUUUGACUUCAAUAGUGAGGUCGAUACGCCCCUGGCUCCCAUCACUGGUACCAACGGUAUCACCACCAUGGAUGAGAAUGACCUCCAGACGGGCUUUCAGUCUCUCGGCCUUGAGACUCGCCAGUCUUACGCUGGCGGUCUGCUCGGCCUUGCGGCUCGCAACUACCUCAACGGUGGGCGCAACGCCCCUGUCUCCCUCCUGGAUAGUGAGAGCAUUGCCUCUGCUGCUACCUCGGCCAUCUUGGGUACCACCGACACAGCUGCUACGCGCAUCAACAACCCCUUCUUGGACAUCAACUACAAUGCCUACGACUCGACUGGCCAAAAGCACCUCAAGACAAAGACGCCCACUACGCAGGCUGGCAGCUCUUCCAUGUCGAGCUCCAUGAAGGCCACUUCCAGCCGCACCCAGGCCAACGAGGGAGGUCGCCCCGAGAGCGGACCCAACGCUACCGUCUUCACUACUUCCAGCGUUGCUCCCAGCGGCCCCUGGCCCGGUAAUCGUCAGGGCGACAGAAAGCAGCUCACCAACAAGGAGCACCGCGAGCUCCAGAAAGGCAAGCCCUCGAGAGUGUUCAACCCUAUUCCCUACGGCGACGAUGAUGAAUACAGUGACGACGAGUAG